UGUUGGUACCGGUUCCUAUAACCUUGGUUCAAUAAACUAACCCACUAAUAUUGAAUGACUUCUCUUGCUAAUCCCAUAUUAACAGAGCAUGGAGCCACAAAAAUAUAUUCAUCAGAAACUAGUAGGAACUCAGGGAGCAAAAUUACUUAUUUUCUUCAACCGUGGAACCAGAAUUUCAGCUCAUCACUUAAGUUACAGAACUAGUAACAAAUGUGAAAAGCUCAAUCGUGCAUAAUCAGAAAAGUAGUGUAUACUGAAAAGCAUUACCAGUCAUGUCCAUCUGAUUCUCAAUACAGAACAAUUCCUUCAGUGCUAUUGAAUGUAAAUGCUUCCAGCCUAUUGAAGCACCACAAGCAUAGACAAGUGUAAAAUGCCUUUGGGAAGGUUUUGCUUCAAGCUUCCAAGAACUUCAAUGUGUAUUUAAUGUACAGACUACUAAAAGCUCCCACUUCUGCUGUCUCCAUCCUUAAACAAAAUCAGGUGCAGCCAUGGUUCUCAUUUCCCUCGUAGAAAUUGGAUCUCGACAUGAAUGAUAUUCGUUUCUGUUAUUUUUUGUUACUUUCCAGUUUCUCUUUAAUUUGGUUCCUUGAAAGCUUUAUCAGGUCAGCCCUUUUUUUAUAUUUUGGAAAUAGAAGUUUGGUAGAGAAAGUGAAGUGUGGUAGGCAGAGUAUGGUUGAAAUUGGAAUUGAGGAUAUGUUCCUUGUGUUUUUUCACUCCACUUCAACCUUUUAGAUAUUAUUCCCCCUUGAUUGCUAAUGCUUCCUUUUGAAAAAGUAGAAUGGAAAGCAAAAUAUUCCUCGGAUGUAGACGCAUGAGGUCACCUUAACCAUUAUAAAUUGGAGCUCAUACCCCUCUCCUACCUGUAUCAGAGCAAACACAGAAAGAAAAUUCUCUUCAAGAGAUGGAUAGUUCCAUUCAAGUCUCUGGGAGUUCUGAAUUUUGUUGUCGAUAUCUUCAUUCUUGUUUCUCUGGUAACUUAAUCAGGAAUAGAGCAACUGACAAGAGAAAGCUCGUGGAGAUCCUUACAACUAGGAAGUUGCAAGAGCUCAGGCUUAUUCGACAAACUUACAAUGCACUCUACAACCAGGAUGUUCUUCAGAUCCUCUCUAAUGCUCAAAGAAACAACCCAUUUGCUAGGGUGGUGUAUCUUCGGAUGAGUGAACCACAAACUCGUGAUGCAGAGAUUGUGAGGUCUGUACUUUUUGGGGGUAAUCUAGACAUCAGCACUCUUAUUGAGAUAGUUUGUGCUCGCCCUUCCUUAGAGCUUCAGUCUAUCAAGCAAGCAUACCGCUCUCAAUACAAUUCAGAUAUUGAACAGGAUUUUUCGCUCAAAAUCAAGGGUGACUUUAAAGAGAUUCUAUUGGCAGUAUUGAAGUCAUGUCGCCAUUACGGUAGUAAAGUUGAGAUGAGCAUGGCCAUGUGUGAUGCCAAGACACUUUAUGAAGCAAUGGAGAGUGGUAAAUCCCUUGAUCAGAAGACUAUGAUAUCACUUCUAAGCCAAAGAAGUACUUACCAACUUAAGGCCAUUCUUGUCUCCUACAAACAACUCUAUGGCCAUGAGUUCUCAAAGUCUCUUAAGAGAAACAAGUGUGGACAAUUCGGAAAAGACCUUUCAGUUGUUAUCAAAUGCAUCCAAUAUCCUGUAAAGUACUUCGUGAAGCAACUACGAAGAACACUGCAUAAUGGUGAUUCCAGAGAGGUUCUAAUUCGAAUAGUCAUUACGCGAUCUGGGGUUGACAUCAAGGAAAUCAACACUGCUUUUGCUGCCAAAACAGGAUGGUCCAUAGAAAGCCUCAUACGAAAUAUGUGUAACAAUGCCACUGAUAAGGCCUUUGGCUACAUUGCGGAGUUUUUAGUUGGACUUCUUAAAUAUCAUUGACAAAAUCUCUAUGUACUCAUAUUUUUUUAGAUCUUUGAGGUACCAA